AUGCCACCUGCGCGGCAGAACUUGUGCAGUGUGGUCGAGCUACUACAAUGCGCUUUGCUACCCUGUCUCAGCAGUCGUUCCCUCGCGGUGAUUGAAAGUGCCUGCAAAGAGUCUCGCAGAACCAUCAUUGCAGGUGAGCUUUGGGCAAAGUGCUUUAGCCUAGCGCUUCCUGACUUCGACCUUUCAUCGAAUUGCCUCACCGUCCUCAACUAUAAAGGUGAUGGGCAUGGCCGCUGUGAGCUCAAACGCAUUCUUGGCACUCUUUCAUCGGUCCGAAAGCAUUCAGUCAUCGAUUUGAAAGGGGUGCCACUGCCGCUGCCAAACCCGGCUGUGGCAAAGCAGCUCUUGUCCAAGGUUGAGAUUGCCAGAAUGAAAGCCAUGAAGCAGAUGAAAGAAGCAGGAGUUCCUGGACGGGUUUUGAUGCGGCAUAUCUGCUUCCGGGAGGAGGCCCAGGUGCCUGCCCCCUACCGAAGCCUUGAUGUCAUCUGCCGCGCCAGCGAACCGAUAUUCUUUGACCUGGAGAAGCCGGAUGGUCGGACCCAGUCGCUGGCUCUCCAGCUCAAGUGGGUCGAAAACGAGGUGCGCCUCCGCAUUAUGCUGGUGCAGAAUGGCACGUGGCCUUUCCCUGUUUCUGAAUCAGAAGCCAGAACCUUAGCCGUGGAUGUCGUGUCCACAAGCAAAGUGCCACUGCUGGCAACGAGAGGGACGCAGGUGAAGCUCGGGGCUGGCUGGUACCCAACCAGCGGCAUCACGGCAGCAAUGAUGCCGACAUCGGAUCUUUUUCGGCUCCUUGCGCACGACGGGCUGACCUGCGUCAUCGCUGUCUGCGAGUACGUGGAGAGUCACGCGGUGAACGCUGGCCUCAGUCGCGAGCUAAGACAGCUAGGUGCUGGUUUGCUUUCCCUGGUCAGACUCAUAUAUGGCAGGUUCGGUCGGCUUUUUGCCUGCAGUUCAUGCUACGUGUGGACAAAGGCCAAAGGAGAACAUCCCAUGGACCUGGCGUCGAGUGCUCCUUCGUUUCAAAGCCCUGUGUCCGUGGUUCCAGAACUUCUUGAGGCCGUGUCCGUCCGCCCCGGCCUGGGUGUGAAGAUGUCGGGAAAGCGGCUGCGGUUUGGGGCAAUGCCGCAGGACAUCUUCUCAGAUUUCGGGCCGCCGCAACAGGUUUGCGUGAAGGACAUGGACGCAUUCCGCAUUCACUCCCGAGCGUCGAGGCCAUCGAGCCUGGACUACUACUACAAUUAUUUCUACCUUGGCAUGGAUGUGCUGUUUGACGGGCAAACCCAUUUGGUGCAGAAGAUUGUGCUCCAUGCGAAUCCUCCCACGCAUGAGCGUUUCUCUCGCUACACGCGGUGCUUCUUCCAGCUGCAGAUCGAAGCACAAGCACACGAAAACCACCAUCGCCAUCAUGAAGCUGAUAAGCAAGGGAUUGGCUGCGGAAUGACAGCGUUGUUUACAAUGUUUGGCAUGAGUAGUUGGUGGGUGGGCAAUGCAAUCUUUGCUCAGUUGCCGCUUCUGGUCUCGCGCCUGCCAGAGUCUGAUUCCCUUGGUGCACAGCUCUCAAUGAUGGUUCAAGCAGGCAACAUCUUCUCCAUUUCUUACAAGAUCAUUGAGCAUCACACCGGGUCGCUGGACGUAAAUCUUGUCGUCAACGGCAUGCACCAAGUUUCCCUACUGCUUCUGAUGUUUCUGGCUCUCUUCUGGGACUCAGAGCUGAUGGGGCGUAGCAUACCUCUCUUAGCGAUCUCCGUUCUGGCCGGUGGUCUCGGCUGCCUGUCGGAUCUGACCUAUUGGUCGCUGGUGAUGCGACAUCCACCACCGUGUACCAAAGCUGUCGGUGUAGGCAUGUCUCUUGGAAAUUUUGUGGUGCUCGGGCUAUCCACACUUCAGGUUUCAGGACGAAGUGCGGAUAACCCCCGCUUUGGCGUAAGCAACUUCUUUGCGCUUGCAGCAAUCUUUCAGCUGCUGUGGGGCAUCGUAACGCUCAUCGUCCAGGACAAGCUGGGCCCUGCGGUGGUCUGGGCCGCUGGACUGGUUUCUGAAAGCCUCGGGAAGCGCGUCCUGGAUUUAAUCAAUCCGAUGCACGAGAAAGCGGUGGCCUUGCUGCGCGCGGAGGAGGAGGCCAACAAGGAAACGAUCAGAGAGGUCGAUCACCCGGGCCCAAGGUCCGCUGGCUUGCCGCGAAAGCAGAAGAUUGUACUCUGUGAGGCGGUCAAUUUCUGUACAUAUGCCGCAACUUAUACCUUGCCCUGCAUCUUGCCAUUUGUGGCGGCUUCAUUUCCUGAGAGGAGUCGACAAUGCCAUCUGCUUCUCCGAAUGAUGAUUUUCCAGUCCAUUGGGGAUGUCAGUGGUCGAAUGUUGGCACCCACAGCCAAGAGCGGACCUUUGCAGCAGAAUCUGCCCUUGGUGGGCGGUGUGGUGCUUCCUCUCUGCUUCAGCUUCCUCAUAGCAUCUGCAGUGGACAGUUCGAUCAUUUCGGACAACCUCUCCUACGAUCAGGCAACUCUGGUGCUUCCGCUGGUCGUCAUGUGCUUCUUCUUCUCUCGGGGUAUGUUGGUCUCCGCCAUUUUCCUUCGAGCGCGAGGCCUUACGAGCAGCCGCGAGGCGGCGGAGCACUUGGCCUCCACCAUGGGCUUCUGCGGCCAGAUGGGGGCGCUCUCUGCCAAUGUCAUUACAUUUGCCAUUGAGUCUUCGGUGCGGAUGGUUGGAGUGGAAGGGACGACAAUCGACUCUGACGACCAAGACGACUUGAUGACACGGCCCAGCCCCGAGUCUGCGGGCGCUGUGUGCAUCGAUAUCCGAUGGCUGUGGCCAGACAUCGAGGAGGCCCUGCAACACGCGGGCUUCUCCAAAUCGCGGCCGCUCGUCAUGAAUCAACGUGACGACAGCCACACAUCGUUUGGCAGCACUUACUUUUACGCGUUUCCGGGGCUCAUCUUCGAGGUGAUGCAGAAUGGGUACCUGGCAUCUUUGACUCUGUUUCAGGCGGCCGCCUCUGCCACCAGUUCCCGCCUCCGAGCUGCCGCCGGCUUUCCGUGGCUGGUCCGACGUCUAAGACUCCAGCUCUGUGACGUUAGCUGGGUCGGCUGCAACUGGGUGGUGUUCGGGGGUAAAGCGACGGGCCUCGAUUGCAGCAAUGGCCGCAGCUUUGGCGGUGCUGGAACCUUCCUGGCGUGGAUAAAGAGCGCCAUAGAGCGCCCCAAAAUGGAAGCCAAGUUCCACAUUACGUGGGCUGGGGACAUGGCCACGUGGAAGCUGAAGAACAGUGCACAAGAGGACCUGCUUGGGGAAGAGAGUCGCUAUGAGAUGCAACACGCUGAUGUGGAAGCGCUGGCUGCACGCGAUCCGGCUCUCAAGGAAAUCUUGGAGCAGGAUGCAACAGCCAUUGGCCAAGACGUGGCAGCAGAUGCGGCUUUUGAGCUCUACAGGCAAAGCCUGAUCGCCCUGGAUGCUGGACAGAUGCUGACGCAGAAGGCAUUCAAAGCGGUGGCCAAAGACAAUGCUGAGGACCUGCGCCGCCUCUUUGACACCACGAGUCUACGUUGGAAUGCCGAGAAUGCUGGUGGACAGUCCUUGAUAGAAGUGGCUUUGGAGAGAUCUCGAUUCUCGGCGACUGAGGUCAUCAAGGAAAUGCGCAGGAAGCAGGAAGGCGAGGAAGGCAAAAGCCGAGACGGUGGUGAAGGCCCGGGAAUCGUUGCUGUCGCGAUGGGGCGGGUCGUAGGAUGA